AUGCUACGUGAAGUCAGCGUCACUCGGGAACUUAAUGUGUGGCUGGUCAAGCAGGUCAACAAGCUCCAGGCCCCGCUAUGUCAGGUCUUCGUGGAGCCGUUCUCAAAGUCUUGGGUCCUGCUCGCUGACCCUAUCGAAGCGUACGAUAUCAUGACCCGGCGACCGGAUUUUGACAGAUCGAAUUUCAUCACGGACGGGUUGAGUCCCAUGGACAACUUCCAUGCGCGAAUGAAGACAGGCCCCCAAUGGAGGACGACGCGAGCGUGGCUGCAGGAUCUGAUGAGCCCGACUUUUCUCAAUAACGUGGUUGGGCCCGUCAUGUUCGAUAAUACGAUGAAUCUCAUCAGAUUCUGGGAUACCAAGACAAGGCUCGCCAACGGUUCCGCGUUCGAUGUCAACGAUGACUUGGAUCAUAGUGCGCUGGAUGGGAUGUUGUCAUUCGUAUUCGAUCGCCAUUUCAAGCACACCGCACUCGGCCCACAAAUCGAGACACUGUCACGGAUAGCCCCAACCAGUUUGGCAGUAGGGCCCAGAGGGGAAGUGCGGUUUCCAAGGGCUCCAGUCCACGAGUUCAUCUCCGCGCUGUAUGAGACGGUCGACAAGAUCGAUGUUGUGACCAAAGCCAUGUCGCCCAAACUCGCGAUGUGGUUCAUUCGUCAGACACCCAGCUAUAAGAGAGUGACGGCUGUAAAGAGACAAGUUGUGAAGGAACAAAUCCAGGGAGCUCUUCAACGCCUUGAAGCUACGGACGAGCCAAGAACCGCAAUCGAGCACAUGCUGGUGCGUGAAAAGAAGGCCGCUGAGAAGCAGAACCGGAAGGCCGAUUUCGGUAAUCCUAUCAUGAUGGACGAGGUAAGUCAUGGAUAG